AUGACUGAGCUGCCGAGAGAACGGAUAAAGGGAAAUUGGCAUCGAAUGGUGAGACCGUUUUUUGAAGGUUGGGCUGUCCUCAAGGAUCCCAAUGCUCGAUCCCAACACAUUAUCGCCUACUGGACUCGGGAUCAAGUUAGGGCCCUGGGUCUUUACAUGAGCUCGGAGCAUCGGCGUCUGGACAAUAAUGUGGCCUGGCAGUCGUACAUCUUGGCGCAACUAGCCCUUAGCAUAGUAUCCCUUUUCUAUGGUAUCCAUGAGUCCCUGUCCAAGGGCGAUAUUGUCAAUCUGGGACGAGAUCUAGUCUUCACAAUAACGUGCAUAUUCAUAUGCUUUAGAUUGGCGUUUUUGGCUCAGUAUGGUGAUGACGUUGAUAUGGUAGUCAAUACCCUCGAGGACUUUCAUCACAGGACAAUAAAAGGCCCGGGAAGUAAGGAGGUGCAGGCCACCAAGCGUAUGCACUUCCUGCUGUUUAUGGCCUUGAUCGUUAUCUGGAUGACUUUUCUUGUGCUUUUCAUCCUGAUAAAGAUAUCAACGCCCUUUUUCAUGAAAUCACAGACACUGCCCUUCCACGUCGCCUGGCCCUUUAACCUGCACGAUCCCACGAAGCACCCGAUUACCCAUGCCAUCAUUGUAAGUCAGAGCACCACCAUGCUGUAUUUCCUAAUUUGGCUUGGCUGGGUGGAGAACAUGGGUGUGUCCAUUUUCUUCGAGUUGACUUCCUCCCUCAGGGUGCUUUCUAUCGAGCUGCGAAACCUCGGGGGUCUGUGCCAGGGCGAUGAGAAGCUGCUAACUACAGAGCUUCAUCGACUGGCCAAGUUCCACCAGCAGAUCAUCCUCCUUUCAGAACAUUGCAACGAUAUAUUCAACAAAGCCUUUAUCUUGCAAAUGCUGGUCAACUUCGCUCUCGUCUCAUUGUCGCUCUUCGAAGCAUUGGCAGCCCGGAAGGAUCCCCAAGUGGCAGCCGAGUAUCUGGUGCUAAUGAUGAUGACCCUGGGUCACCUCUCUUUCUGGUCGAAAUUCGGUGAUAUGUUUUCCGAAGAAUCGGAGCAAGUGGCCUUUGCUGCCUACGAGGCUUAUGACCCGACUGUUGGAUCCAAAACCAUCCAUCGGCACUUUAUAUUCUUUAUUCAGAGAGCUCAACAGCCGCUUAUGAUGAGUGCCAGUCCUUUUCCCCCUUUUAACAUGCAGAACUACAUGUUUAUUAUGAAGCAAUGCUAUUCAAUUCUAACAGUGCUGACAAACACAUUGGACUAG